AUGUGCGGCCCGCCCCCCGCGGAGGCGGCGCCGCUGCUCGCGUCGACGCGGCCGACGGCGUCGCUGCGGUGCGCCGCCGUCGUCAGCGCCGCCCUCUGCCUGCUGGCCUACGCGGCGCGCGGCCCGGCGGGUGCGCUCGCGCCCGCGGCGCUGGCCGUCGAGGCCGACGGCCCGGCCACCGACGGUCCCCCCGGCGGCUGGGCGCGGGUCCUCGACCGCCACCUGCUCGACGGCGACCCGCGGGCCGUGUGCAACGACGGCACCCCGGCCCUCUACUACUACGCGCCCGCUUCGCGCGGCGGCGCCGCGUGGGUCGUCCACCUCCAGGGCGGCGGCGCCUGCGUGAGCGCGGACGAGUGCGCCGCCAACGAGGCGGCCUACGCCGCCAAGGGCCAGACCUGGCACUUCUCGUCGAAGGCCUCGAAGGAGCACCUCGGCGCGGCCCCGGGCACGAUCCUGAGCGACGGCGAGAGCGCUCUGCUCGGCGACGCGCACGCCGUCUACGUCUGGUACUGCUCCUCCGACGCCUGGGUCGGCGACCGGGGCGCGUCGGACGCGACGGGCGGGCGCCACUUCCGCGGGUCGCGCAUACUCGACGCCGUCUUCGACGACCUCGAGCGGAACCGCGGCCUCGGCGCCGCGGGCGCGGAGACUCUGGUCGUGUUCUCGGGGUCGUCCGCGGGCGGCCGCGGCGUCGUCCAGCACGCGGACCGGCUGGCGAAGCGGGUCCGGGAGACCUGCGGCGGGACGCUCCUCGCCGUCGUCGACUGUGUGGAAAUCAACCACUGGUUUGGGGGCCCCCCACCAAACUUCAGAACUCUCUAUCUCGGCCAAUUCGAAGUCGAUUCGGCUGAUUUUUGGACGAAUCGAUUGCUCUCGUCGAGUUCUUGA